AUGGCGGCGGAGCUGCAGGAGCUGCGGGAGCUGGUGGAGCGGGCAGGCGGGCGGCGGGCCGUGCUGCUGGUGGCCGAGGUGGCGGAGGGAGCCCCGGCGGCGGCCACGCUGGCCGCCUUCGCCCGCGACCUCCUGGGCGACGAGGCGCCGCCGGGGCCGGGACCGGGACCGGGACCGGCGCCGGGGUCGGGGUCCGGGUGCCCGUCCCGGCGGCGGGCGGGCGGCGGACGGCGAGCGCUGGCAGCGCGGCUGCUGCUGGUGCUGUGCCGCGGCGGAGCGGCGCGGGGCCGCGGGGCCCGGGCCCGCCUGCGGGAGGUGGUGCGGGACGUGCGCGGCCGCCUGCCCCCGGUACCGCCGCCCGCCGUCGUCGGCGUCCUCCUGCCCGGCGGGGACGGGGAGGACGCGGCGGUGCUGGACGCCACGCUGCGGCGGCACUUCCCGGUGCCCGGCACGGUGCAGGCGGCCCGGUACAGCCCCGGUAGCCCCGCCGCCCUGCGCGACUGCCGCGCCGCCGCCUGCCGCGCCCUGCGGGCCGCCCUGCAGCACCCCGCAGAAGAGGGGAAAGACCGGGAGAGGUGGAGGCUCCCAUCCUUCCUGCGGUGUAUUUCUUCGAGCCGGAGGAGCCAGAGAAAAGGUCACGAAGCAAAAGCUGCAAACAACGUUCAUGAAGAUGACCUGCAGGACCCUGAGGAAGAAGUGGCUCUGACCAGCCUGUCCCCCAAUGGAAACUACGAAGAAGCUGCCGGAGGCACGGGCACCUAGAGCUGCUGGGCGCCCAGCACAGUCUGUGUCCUGGAUCUGCCAGAUGGAUUUGGAGCAGUGGGAGGAGGAGCUGGUGCAUGCUCACUCACCCUCUCCUCCGAGCACCCACCGCUCCAGGGAGAAGCUGCUUGGCUUAACUCACCAGGGUCUUCUAUAGCUGCCGACAGCCGCUGAGGUCCGUGCCAGGGAGCGAUCCCCUGCUGCACUCUGUUGCCCAGGGGUGCCUGGAGCUGCUGCUGGACGCUGGGCUUCUGAGAAGCCCUUUGGGGAUGUAUCCCACAUCCUGGGCGAGAUGACGUUGGGACUUUUGAGUGUGAAAUGCAGCCACCUGCUUGAAGAAUGAGGAAUGCUUUCUAAUUCUGAGCAAAGUUCCCUGUUGAGAUUGCUGGGGCUGGCCUCCCCGGCAAACAGAUUGUGCUGCCUUGUGUUCCUGCUUUAUUGCUGCUUUGAAGCUCCUGCUCUCUCUAUGAUCAAGCAAAAAAAAAGACAAAUAACACAGUGGCAUGGAGACUGCAAUGGGACUAAAUAUGAGGCCUUGGAUCUACCAGCUACUGAAAAGGCUUCAAUAUAACUGUGUAAUGUGAAGAAUGCAGUAACAGCCCACUGUGGGUAGCAAGAAUAAUGCAAAAGAUACUGAUGGUAAUGGCAGCUGGAGUAGAGUGUGGUUUGGGAGCAGCAUCCAUCCCUCUGGCUUGUCCUGGUGCUUAUAGACUGACUGAUGGACUGCCUGGGUUGGAGAGGGUGGCAGAUGGACACUAAGGUGUGGCUGAUGCUAGACAGGGUUAUGGGAGAGGCCCAUCUUACCUAGGACAUCUCCACAGCCAUGUGGUGGCAGGUCUUGGAGGUGGCCUGCAGCACAACAAGAUGUGGCUGCUUCAUAAAUAAAUACAAAAAUAUAAACAUAAUCUAUUUAAGUAGUUCCAAAGGGCUGCCUGUAGCCUGUGAGGCAACACAAUUAAUUACAAAUCCUUGGUUUAUGAGGAAUAUUACUAUAAUGCUAAGAAUACCUUUUUUAUUCUUACUUUAAUGCAACAUAAAACAGGUCUUGUUUGGGGCUGGCUGUCCUUCUGGAGCUUCAUCCAGCUCAGACCAGAAACUUUGACCCAUCAUGUCCUGCCUACCUCUUCUCUGGAUUAGCUGCUGAAUUAUGUCGGUACGUCCUCCGUGCAUGUCUGUCCUCUCUCCGGCUCCUUUUUUCCCAGUGGUCUGGGAAAGUGUCUGCAGUCCUGCCAGCUCCAGCCAGCAUUCUCCCCCAGCAGUGUGCCUUCAGCAUCCCUCUAGCUCUUACCUGGAGCAGGGGAUGUUUUUUUUACCCAGCUCUGCCCAUGACCAUGAGCAUCAACAAUUUUCAACAAACCAUUUUUCCGUGCCUCAGUUUCCCCACCAGUAGGAUGGGGACAGCAAAGCCUACCUACCUCACUAGGGUUAUGAUUGUAACACUGGAGCAGCGCUUAGCAGCUCUUGGGUUUAGAGUCAGUCUGUUUAAUGAUGGUGCUGCUUUGCCCUUUUGGCUGGGAGAGAGUGGCUGAGGGUGUCUGGGGCAUGCUGAUGGGAUCAAGUGGGAGAGAUGGGGAGUGUUUCCAGGUGUGCUCAGCAAGUCUCUGCGUUAGCACGCUGCUCGUUUGAAUGUGUUGGGAUAGUUAGGCUUGGCCUACGUAGGAAAGCUUUGCCUGAAAUGCAGCUGUGAGGUACUGUAGCUGCCCCAUAAGGCGGUGGGAGGGAGGGGUAGGUGGAUGCCAAGUCCAUGCGAGCAGCGUUUGGGGAAGCACAUGUCACAUCUCUUCACAGCAGAAACACUUUCCUGUGUGGGUGUGGGCUGGGGAGAGCAAACCUAGGAGGCAGCUGACAUUGGCAGUGCGUGUUGCUCUGCAGAGAGGGCACCAAACCUGCUCUCCUUCCAGCCUGCAGGAUUUCUGUAGGUUUUCUUUGCUUAUGACCAGGUGGAAAAUACAAAUGUAAUCAAGUGACUUAAUAAAGUCACUUGGUGUGGGUGGCUGUAUUCAUGACUGCAGGCUUCAGCACUGAGUAGUAAGUGCGUUCAUCUUAGCGAGAUGAAGGUACCCUCCUCUGUCCCUGGCAUGAGCGCGUAGGUCUGCUGUGCAGUGGAUUCCUUCUGCUCGUCCUCACAGCAGAGGUUGCUGGGCAGUUAUGUACUUUCCUGAUAAAGCCCUUGGUUAGGUGAGUCCAGUAGGACUUGAUGGUAUGAUCAGGUGAAUCUUUAUUUUCUGCAGUAUUUGGUCUUUGCCACCUAGAAUUUACCAAUGAAGACGCGGCCCAAGAGUACAGAUUUGCAGUUAAACCUAUCUUAGAGCUACAAAUCCAAUGGAUUUAUUUACUGGUAAUUUUUAAGUAAAUCACGCAAGUUUACCCUUGCAGUGAGACUUUUGUGGAAGUGGAUGAACUGCCUGGGGUUUAGGAGGUGUAAGUGGCAAUACAUUUGACCAAAAGUAUUGUUUUCCUUUGAGGAAUUAAAGUGACUUGAAUUCUUUUUUUUUUUUUUUUUUUUUUUUUUUCCACUAGCUGGGCAUGUGAAGGUGCAGCAGGUGAUAGUUUUACAUGUUCAAUUAAUUUAAUAAUUUAAGGGCACUGUUACCUUACAUGCUUGCUGUAAAGAAUAAAGACAAUUAAUUUCUGAA